CCAUCUUCGGGGCGGAGGCGGAGAAGGGGCGCGGCCUUGGCCCGGAGCCGCCCCGCCGGAGCAGCACAGCGCGGACUUCCCUGCUCCUGCGGCGCCUGGCCGCGCAGAGGCCGCCAUGGGCUGUGCGCGCUGGCUCGCGCUGGGCGGCCUCCUGGCCCUGGUGGGGCUGCUGCAGGCCCGGCUGCUGCUCCCGCACCAAGAGGGCUUCGGUGAGUGUGAUCGCUUCUUCUACGCGGGGACCCCGCCCGCCCGGCUGGCGACCGAGGCGCACGUGAGGAUCUGUCAGCGCUUCGCGGGCACCGAGCGCUUUGCCACCCUGUACAGCCCCGGCCACCGCAUCCCCGUGUUCUCCGCCUUUCGUGCUGCUCGCCCCGCUCUCCUUAGUGCGGAGCAGCGCGGGCUUCUGGAGCCGCAGAUUGAUGACCCCGGCAGCAGCCUUGAGGAGGUGAUUGAAGAGGCCGACGCCAUUACCUCCGUGAACAAUCUGGGAAGCAAGCAAGCCUUGAAUGCAGACUACCUUGACUCUAACUAUGAGAUCGGACAGCUGUACCCAUUCCUCCUUAGCAGUGGCCCCCAGGUGCCCACAUUCCCACUCACAAAUUCAGUUCCAAUGACCCGGUCUUUCCGGGAACGAUGGCACGUGAAUCUCAACAGCCUCAUGGAGCGAGCCUUGAUCCCACACUGUGGCGACGGCAAAGACCUGUAUAUCAUCACGGGCGCCAUCCCCUCGGACUCCAGAGUUAAGGGCAGAGUGGCUGUCCCAGAAUUUGUCUGGCUGGCAGCCUGCUGUGACGUCCCCGGUGGAGGAUGGGCCAUGGGCUUCACCAAGCACACCCAGGACAGUGGCAUCAUAGAAGACGUGAUGGUGAGGGACCUUGAACAGCUGCUUCCUCAUAAGCCUCAGCUGUUCCGGGACAGCUGUGGAGAGAGGGAGCAAGACACGGAGAAGAUGAAGAAGAUUCUGGAAGUGGUCAACCAAGUCCAAGAGGAGGAGCGGUCUCUGACGACUCAACACAGCAUGAGUCCCCUCGCCGGCACCCAAAGCCAGAGGUCUGCCCCGCUGUCCCCAGAGGCACGGGAGGGAGGAGGCAGCUUUCUGGGGAAAGUCCUUGGUUUCCUUUUAACCCCGGUCAUCAAACUUUUCCAGUUAACUUAUUACCUUGUGAUAGCAGUCUUAAGGAAUGUCAUCUACCUCCUUUGGUUUGUGACCAAGCAGGUGAUAGAUGGCAUCGAGAGUUGUCUAUACCGUCUGGGCGCAGCCACUGUGUCAUACCUUGUAGCCAUUGGACAAGAGUUGGUGGGCAUUCCCUGGAAAGUGCUCAAGGUCGUGGCCAAGGUCAUCAGGGCCCUUCUCCGCAUCCUCUGCUGUCUGCUGAAGACUGUCUGCCGAGCUCUGAGCAUCCCUCUGCGAGUCCUUGUGGAUGUAGCUACUUUCCCUGUGUAUACCGUGGGGGCCAUUCCCAUUGUGUGCAAGGACAUUGCUGUGGGCCUGGGGGGCACUCUCUCCCUCCUCUUUGACACUGCUUUUGGCACCAUGGGUGGCCUGUUUCAGGUUGUUUUUAGUGUCUUCAAGCGGAUUGGCUACAGGGUUACUUUCGACAACGCUGGGGAGUUCUAGGACUCAAAAACCUAGCUGUGUCCACUGUGGUGUAUUUCAUUUCUUUUCAACAGAGAGCGAGGAUAUUCUGUUUUUACAGCAGGUUUCUGUUCUCGGUCAGCUACUGUGUUGUUCUGUUCGCCUGCGGGGUGGGUUGUCUUUUUCUGCAAAGGAGUUUGGCACACUUUAGACUUGAGGGUAGGUACGGUGUCCGCGUGCACAGCAGUUACACACGCAAGCUUCCAUGCAUGUGUUAACAUCAGCACUGGGCUCUGACUCAAGAGUGACCUGGGCCGACCCAGGCUUGUUAUGAAAACUAAAACUAAGGAGGGAGAGGAUGACAUUAAAGGUUAUAAGAAACGGAGAAAGAAUCUUGCACCUUCCAUUCCCCUUAGAGACUUAAGGCAAACGAUCUGAAUACUGUUGUCCAGCCUCUUAACGUUUCUUUCUCUUCCUCUCCCACUCAGCCAACCGGGGUGACUUCUCUGUUGAAAUCCCUCCCUAUGAAGGCAGCGUCAGCCUCAACUUUGACUUUUGCCUGGUCUCAACGGCUUAUUUGAUUUUCAUUUUUCUCCCAAAGUUGAAUUCUGCUGAGUCACAAUGAGCAUUUUAUGCCAAAUACGGCAUAGUAAAAUUUGAAUGCAACCCUGAUUAGGGUAGGUCAGGUCCCUCCAGGUGUAGAGAGCAGAAAAGAGUGUUCAGUGGUGCUGUAUGUCCAAGGGCAUUCCUAGGGAGGCUUGGAUUGACUUACAGUGAAUCUCUGAUUGACAGCAUUAAAUACACAUAUUUGCAUGUUAAUCUAAUAUUCAUAUUUUGUAACAUCUAAUGCAUCAAGUGACUAUUCCAUGCCAUGAAGCACUCUGACUUUUCUCCUGAAGUGAAUGCUAUAACUAUCUAGGUAAUAGAAAACAUGAAAAACAUUCUGGCCAUAUCGGGCAAUAAUACAUGUAUGUACAUAUUUAAGAAUCAUUAUCUCUUAGAACACUAUUUUUACAGGGUAUUUGAGGCUAAAAAAAAAUGUAAGUCCUUCACUGAUGCAAGUUAAACUUGAGAGCUUAUUCCCGGAUUUUGAUCAAUCACUUGUAAUUUUAAAUCUUGCACUAAGAAUUAUAACAAAGGGAACCAAACAUUCCCACAGCGGGAAUGGAUUGUCCAGUGUUUUCUUCUGAGUGUUCCAAAGAGUUUCUGUGAAGGAGAAAAGGGCCUAGUGUGGACUUAACUUGGGUGUGUACCAGUUGGCUGGAAGUUAGUUGUAAAGACUAGGAUCUAGAAGAAAACAGAGGGAACGACACAUUCGCUGUCACAGGGGAGCUGGCAUGUGAGAACCCAGCGUUUGCCAGAAGUUUCCUCUGUGUAAAUGGGAGUGUGAGGACCUGUGUUGGCAUUGCUGGGCUAAAAAAGGGACUCUCAGAAGUAGCCACAGAAGCGGUCUGGCCAGGCCCUCAUGUGUUUAGGUCCCAGAGGCACAAGGAGGCUGUGGACUUGACUCUGCAGUGCUAGCUGGAAGCAGGUUGUGACAAACUAAGACACCCCGUCACAUGGGUGUGCCUCCCCGAGCAUAGGUAGGACUUUAUUACCUAUAAAAGACUUCAUGUUCUGAAUCAUCAACUGGAUUUGGCACAGUUAAUGCCAGCUAUCCAUAUGAAACUGUAUCUCGUGGGGCCCUCUCCUGUUCAGUGAAUAUUGGCAUUCUGAGAAGUCCUAGCAGGGCGCUCAUGGCACCAGAACCCCCUAUUUAGGGAACUACUUAGAAAUACCCCCUCCCUGUAUCCAGAUGUCUGGUUAUUUAUUUUGUGUGGCUUCUUUUUUUUAAAUACGGAAAGGAUAAUAAGACAAAAACAUAUCCUUUAGGUUAGUGGGCUGUGACCCUUCAUUCUGGGGUUUCCGGUUGGCAGGGCCCCGGAGUCACAGGAACCAGGUGCAUUUGUGUUUGAAGUCAGAUCUCUGGGCUGCUGGGCUCCCUCCCAGCAGGCUACUGGAGACUCUGAGGUGGGAGUUUAGGAAGCUGAACCCUGUCCUCAGCUCGGAGACUCUGCUGUGGCUUCAUUCCUUUCUCAGGCCCUUGGGAACAUUGGCCAACUCUGUCAUUUCAAGAGCUGCUUUUCUAGUCCCUGGCAGCCAUGUUCUCAAAUGUCCCCUCUGCCUUGGCGCCUUGGCCACACAAUCAAACUAGGGAAUGGAAAGAACCAAGUCAUCCGCCUGUGCACCAAAUGUGCGUUCGGCCAUCAAGGCUGCCGAGGCGGAGAGUUCCACCAAUAAGGAGUGUCUAGUACCCUUCGGAAAUGGGCAGCGUGGUCCAUGCUGUGAUGUAUCAUGGCAAGCUCCACACGAGGGGUAUUUGACCUGUUUGCUGCAGAACACGGAGGAAACCUGCAAGACCAGGGAACGAAGGACGCUGUGGCAGAGGGUUUGGCUGCAUCAAGCUUUGUACAACGCUGUGUACCUUGUAGAUGCUCAAUAAAGUCAUUGUUGACAA